AUAAAAAAAUUACAACGACAAUAUAAUUUAUUAAAAAGUGUACAAGAAAAAAAAGAUUUUGCGACGAAACAUGAAAUAAAUAUUCAACCUUCACCUUUUUCUUAUUUAAAAUUUAAUCCAUUUCAACAAAUACCUCAAGAUGCUUAUCAUGCUAUUUCUGGAAAAAUCACCCGUCUGAUAGAAAUAACAAUUGAUUUAUUAUCUGAAA